UCCUUUACAACUUGUACUAGAAGAAUGCAGAUUCCAACAAAAAAUCUGCUACCAGUCAUUUAUAGAUGUUCUGUGUGUUUUAUCUUACAUAAUAUCUAUUAAGCAUAUUCACAUUCAUUAAUAUAGAAAUGGAAAUCUUUUUGUCUACAGCUAAAUGUCUGUCACUUGGAGAGGAUCACAUCAACAACAAGCAUAUUAGUUGUAAGUAGAAAAUAUGUCUACACUGCAUAUUAUCUGCUCAUGUAAAUGGAGUCCCAUAAUAUCCAAAAUGAGAAAUUGAACCAUGCUACACACAGGCAUCUUUUGACUUAAGAAUUCCUUAAAAAUUAAUAUGGAGGACACUUCUGACACAGCUAUAUUUACUAAUAUAGAUUCAGUUACACAGACAUAUGAGAUUGAGAAAUCUGUAGGUAAUGAGGCAUUUACUAAGCAAAGAUCAUUACACAAAAAUAUUAUUGAAUAUCGCUGUGAGAUUUGUAGGAAAAUGUUCUCUUCAAAACAUGAAGUUUUAACACACAAAGAUACACACAACAAGAAGAAAAUAUUUCAUUGUGAAAUAUGUGGGAAAAAUUUCGUUAAUAACAGUAAUUUGACAGCACACAGAAGAAUACACACUGGAGAGAAACCAUUUCAUUGUGAGAUAUGUGGGAAAGCAUUUUCUGAUAAUUCUAGUCUUGUUGUUCACAACAGAAUACACACUGGAGAGAAACCAUUUCGUUGUGAGAUAUGUGGCAAAGCAUUUUCUGAUAAUUCUAGCCUUGUCGUUCACAAGAGAAUGCACACCGGAGAAAAACCUUAUCCCUGUGAAAUUUGUGAGAGGUCUUUUAUCUCUAACAGUAAGUUAACAACACAUAGAAGGAUACACACUGGAGAGAAACCUUAUCAUUGUGAUGUAUGCGGAAAGUCGUUUACAAUCAACAGUGUCUUGACAACACAUAGAAGAAUACACACAGGAGAGAAACCGUUUCACUGUGAGAUAUGUGGUAAAUCCUUCUCUGCUAAUUCUCAUCUUGUAGUGCAUAAACGUUGUCACACUGGAGAAAAACCAUAUCACUGUGAAAUAUGUGGGAAAUCUUUUGUUUCUAACAUUAAUUUAACAACACACAAAAGGGUGCACACUGGAGAAAAACCCUAUCAUUGCGAGAUAUGUGGGAAGUGUUUUAUCAAUAAUAGUGAUUUAAAAAGACACAAAAGAAUACACACAGGGGAGAAACCAUACCAUUGUGAAAUAUGUGGCAAGACUUUUUCUCUUAAUUCUCAUCUUGUUAUCCAUGUACGAAGCCACACUGGAGAGAAACCAUUCCAAUGUGAAAUCUGUGGCAAAGCUUUCUCUUUAAAUUCAAAUCUUGUUAUUCACAUUCGUAGUCACACUGGAGAGAAACCCUAUCACUGUGAGAUCUGUGGCAAAGCAUUCUGUCAGAAUUCCUCUCUUAUAGUACAUAAACAAAUACACACAUGAGCAAAAAAUUACCAUUAUCGGAUGGAUAUGAAUCUUGGAAUUAUGAUCUUAUAAAGCUGCAAACUUAGAUACACUUAGAUAUGAAGGCACAUGGCUUAGUGGUUAGGUCGUUUGGUUCUUGAGUUUGAUAUGUGGCAGCACAUUGUGUUCUUGAAGAAGACACUUUAUUUUGUGUUGCUCUAAUCCAUUCAGCUGGCAAAAAUGAGUUGUGCUUGUGAUUCAAAGGGCCAGUCUUGUCACAUUCGGUGUCAUGCUGAACCUCCCUGAGAAUUAUGUUAAGGGUACACGUGUCUGUAGAGUGCUCACUCACUUGCAUGCUAAUUUCACAAGCAGGCUGUUCUGUUGAUUGGAUCAACCUUUAUCAAUAUGACCAAUGGAGUACCAGUUGGAUAAACUGAAGAAAAUCUCUGUGAAUAAUAGUAAUUUAAAUAUAAACAAAUGAAUACACACAGGAGGAAAAGUACAUCACUGUGAAAUAUAAUUUGGAAAAUCAUUUAUUACUAACAGUCUCUUGAAAUGACAGCAAACAAACACUGGGGGGAAUUUUUUUUAAUUUGUUAGAAUUUAAACCAGUCAUGUAUGAUUCAAAUAUUAUAUGUUUUAUGUUCAAACUAGCCAUAUUCAGCCUCUCACAUCUGCCCUACAAUGAUAUACUAAAAAAGUAAACAAGCACAUCAUCGAAAUCUCAACACAAAAAGAUAAUGCAUGAGCAAUUCAAAACAGUUUGAAAGGAUUAAAUGUGAAAACCUGAGAAUUUCAUCUCUUGCAAAUCUUAACUUAUAGUCCACCAAUAGGUAUUCAUUGAUAAACAUUAUUAUCAUGGUGAAAUAUGUCAGAAAUUAUUCUCUUUGAAUUCUUACCUUAUAGUUUACAAAUUGAGCUCCCUCUUGAAAGAAAUCCUUUCUCUAAAAUAUUUGGGAAAUCCUUACAUGUUAACUAUUUUAAACCCCAUCAUUUGAAGUCCAUGUUCCAUGCUGGCAUAGGUUGGACUUCUAGUUGAUAUCAGUACACAACUUGUAAUUGCUAAAUUAAUACACACUAGAGGAAUAUAAAUGAUACCAGUGUGAAAUAUUUGGGGAAUUAUUCUGUGUGAACUAAAUCUCCACUUGUAAUUUACAGCAGAAUACAGACUGGGAAAAAAAUUUAUCAAAGUGGAAAAUGCUGAGCAAACUAGAGGAGAAAAUAUUGUGAAAUAUGUUGGAAAUCACUCCCUGAGUGUCAGUGAACAGGUCACAGAUAGAAUCGCGAAAAUGUUGGCGGAAUUCUGCUUUACGCAUGCCAUAUAACCCAUCAUAACUUUUUUUAUUUUUAGGAAUUUUUCAGAAAAGUUUUUGAAUUUGUGUUCUACACAUGGGAAUUCAUAUGAUUAUGCAAAAACCAAAAAAAAAUUUUUUGUUUGGUGCAUGAGUUAAGGCCUAUUUAGCUGUUAUUUUUAGCACAUCUCACGACCACCUCAUACCCUCUUUGUUUGUUUGUCUGUCUGAUGUAUUGUUUUUCAAUAUCUUUUUCUCUAUAACCAUAUUUAAUGGUCUAUUGUUGAGAUUUAUGCUAAAAAUUUGGACUGUCCGUAUUUUUAACUGUUUUAAAAAGAAAAAGCUGAAAAAUUUAAAAGAAAAAUAUUUUGAACAAUCAAGAAAAAAUUUUUUUUUCACGGUCAUGUGAAUUCCUGUUUAGAAUACUAAUUCACAAAAGUUUUCCAAAAAUUCCGAAUGGCUGUGUGGUAAGUAGCUUGCUUACAAACUACAUGGCUCUGGGUUCAGUCCCACUGCGUGGCACCUUGGGCAAAUGUCUUCUACUAUAGCCUCGGGCUGACCAAAGCCUUGUGAAUGGAUUUGGUAGACGGAAACUGAAAGAAGCCCGUCGAAUAUAUGUAUAUAUAUAUAUGUUUGUGUGUCUGUGUUUGUCCCCCAACAUCGCUUGACAACCGAUGCUGGUGUGUUUACAUCCCCGUAACUUAGCAGUUUGGCAAAAAGAGAUCAAUAGAAUAAGUACUAGACUUACAAAGAAUAAGUCCUAGGGUUGAUUUGCUCGACUAAAGGCGGUGCUCCAGCAUGGCCACAGUCAAAUGACUGAAACAAGUAAAAGAGGGGUUAUAUGAGGUGCUUAAAGCAGAAUUCUGCCAAAAUUUUGACACCAUAUAAUAAAUGAGUAAAUGAAGUUAACGUUUUUUUUUGUGUUUUUGAAAAAUAACUAAAAUGUAUCUUCUACACUGCAAUUUCAGUCUCAGAUCAAAUCACUUGUCAGACAAGUACAAUUCCAACACUCUGAAUACACUCUGUUAUUUGUUUAUAGAGUAAAACUUCAUUCAGAAACAAUUUCAUUAACCAUGACUGAGAAAACACUGGUGUAAAAUCCAAGUUAUGUGAAAUUUGCAGAAAAUGACUUCCAUUUAAAAACCAUGUUGUUAAAUAUAUACAUACAGAAAUUAUUUUGGGGUGAUUUGUUGAAAACAUAUUCUAUAAAUAAAAGUUGAAAGAAUAAAUUGUUCAGAGAUCUGUGUAAGAUUUU